GAGAGGGAGAGACACGUAAGAGCAUCCCCAACACUAAACCCAGCGAGAGAGACGCUUCUCAGCCGGAACACGUGCGACGACUUCAGCAAAGCUCUCUGCGAUGAGAUAAAGACUGUUCGGCAUUCGCUUGAGAAGAACCGAAGAACGCGUCUCAGCGCAGCUCCUGUUUUCUACAGCUUGCACCCUCCGCUGCUGAUGUGAAAGAUGAGCCUGUGUGGCAGGAAGGCACUGACACUCCUUAGCAGUGUGUUUGCUGUGUGUAGUCUGGGGUUGCUGGGUAUUGCUGUCAGCACUGAUUACUGGCUCUACCUGGAGGAGGGGGUCAUCCUGCCUCUCAAUCAGAGCACUGAAAUCCGUAUGUCUCUCCAUUCAGGGCUUUGGAGGGUCUGUUUUCUUGCAGCGUUACCAGCUCCAGCAACAGUGUUACCAACUGGUAAAUCAGGAGAGGAGAAGGGGCGCUGCUUUACAAUAGAGUAUGUGAUGCCCAUGAAUGUUCAAAUGACAUCAGAGUCUACAGCCAGCGUUCUGAAAAUGAUUCGCUCUGCUACUCCUUUCCCACUGGUCAGUCUGUUUUUCAUGUUCAUUGGCUUUGUGCUGAGUAAUAUUGGACACAUCCGCCCUCAACGCACUAUUCUGGCUUUCAUCUCUGGAAUAUUUUUUAUCCUGUCAGGUCUGUCCCUGGUGGUGGGUCUGGUCUUGUAUAUAUCCAGUAUAAAUGAUGAGAUGCUGAACAGAACAAAAACGAACGAAGCUUAUUUCAGUUAUAAAUAUGGCUGGUCUUUCGCUUUUGCUGCAGUCUCCUUCCUUCUUACUGAGGCAGCAGGUGUAAUGUCUGUCUACCUGUUCAUGAAGCGAUACACUGCAGAGGAGAUGUACAGGCCACAUCCGGGUUUCUACAGACCUCGCCUCAGCAACUGCUCUGACUACUCUGGUCAGUUCCUGCAUCCGGACGCCUGGGCCCGUGGACGCAGCCCUUCAGACAUCUCCAGUGUAGCAUCCCUGCAGAUGAAUACAAACUACCCUGCGCUCCUCAAGUGCCCCGACUAUGAUCAGAUGUCCUCUUCGCCCUGUUGAGAUUGCAAAUGCACAACAGUCAUAUUGGAGAAUGAGAGAGCUCUAGCUACGGUAGUUCUUAAAGAUGCUGCACUGGCAUGGCUUUGGCACCUGAGAUUGUGUUGUGUUUGGAUAGAGGAUAAACUUCAUUUCCUUGUCUUCGAGAGCCUUCAGUACUAAUGCAGUGAUUCUGAGUUUAAUACAUCGGUUGGUGGUAUUAUUUUCUGUUAUUUGUAGUUUACCACACUGAUGUGUAGCAAAUAGUACCUCUGCCUUUUUCUUAAAAGUAAUUUUAUUCAAACAGUCGGUUGGUUUUUAAUCAAAACUGCAGAUUUAUUUGAAAACAGAUGUAUGUUUUAUAGAAAAAUAGAGAACUAGACAUUGUGGUAUAAGUAUUUAAAUGAUUAUAUUUACUGAUUCAUCAUGCUUAUUAAAGCACAUGCUUAACGAGAAUACACACGUUAAUGUGACUCAACAUUAAUCUGGUCCCUUAUGCACUUUAAGAAAGUAACGAUAACACAGAAUUUAAAUGUAUUGGCAUUUUAUAUUAUUGUUAUGUGUUGUGAGACUAACUGGUCCUUUGAUUAAGAGGCAUUUUGUGUUUGAUAUGAAUGUUAACAUUAUUGUAGCUUUAUUGUUUGUGUGUCUUUUUUUUGCUUUACAUUCUGAUCUAAUCAGAAGAUCUACACAUCAGUGAUGCAGUGAUUUUUACAAGAACAACAUUCUGUUA